UUUUAUUUAUUUUAUUUUCGUUGAGUGAGGAAAGCAUUACACAAUUUUUGAAAAAAAUGUUGCGUAGGCAGGCUAGGCUAAGAAGAGAGUAUAUGUUCGAAAAAGCUAAGCAAUCCCGACGCCAUAAAAUAGAUGAGAAAAAACAAAGAUUGGCUAACAGUAUAAAAAAUAAUAAAACAAUACAUCCAACAUUACAGAAAGAAGCAAUUGCAUUGCAGGGAAAACUCAAAUACUCGCUGGAUCAAGAAAAUCCUAAUGUAGAUGAUGAAUAUCGCUAUGCCGGCAGUGAGGAUCCCAAAAUAAUGAUAACCACUUCACACGAGCCCUCGGCCAGAUUGAAAAUGUUUGUCAAAGAGUUGAGACUGAUUUUCCCCAAUGCUCAACGCAUGAACAGAGGCAAAUACGAAUUAAAGCAGUUUAUACAUGCUUGCCGGGCCAAUGAUGUCACCGAUUUCAUUAUUGUCCAUGAGCAUCGUGGUGUCCCAGACAGUUUGGUAAUAUGCCAUUUACCUUAUGGCCCUACCACAUUCUUUAAUAUCUCGGGAGUAGUUAUGCGCCAUGAUAUUCCCGAUAUUGGACCAAUGAGCGAACAAAAACCCCACUUAAUAUUUCACAAUUUCAAAACACCACUUGGUAAUCGUACCAUGACAAUUUUGAAACAUCUAUUCCCGGUGCCCAAAGAAGAUUCGAAGCGUGUUAUUACAUUUGCCAAUCAUGAUGAUUAUAUAGCAUUUAGACAUCAUACAUUCCAAUAUGUCAAUAAGGAAUUGGAGAUGAAAGAAGUGGGACCACGGUUUCAAUUGAAAUUGUAUCAAAUUAAACUGGGCACUUUGGAUGAAAUACAAGCGGCCAAUACGGAAUGGGUGCUAAGGCCUUAUAUGAAUACUUCGACAAAGAGAAGAUUUCUAUCGGACGAAGAUGGCUGGUGUCAGGAUGAAAAUGAGACUUAAUAUUGCAGACACACGUAAAUAAAAUUAUUUUUGGAUAAAGUUCUAUUUUUUACAUUAAGAAAUGUUAAUAAAUAGAAAAAAAAUGGCGAGGCGCUGAACGCACAUGGCUGACGAUCACAAAAAAAUA